AUGGCAACGAUUUUGAUGGUAUCAGAGAAUUUUGCGGCGGACCUUGAGCUUUUUGCAAAACAUGGAAAGCGCACCACUGUCAACACAGAUGAUGUGAAACUUCUGGCAAGGAGGAGCAAAGCCCUGCUGAACUUCAUUACAGAGAAAUGUAAUGAACUAGCUUCCAGUAAUGCAGAGCAGAAAGAGAAGAGAGCAGUCCCAACAGGAAAAGGAAAGAAGAAAUCCGAUCGCCACCUUGAACCCGUGGUAACUGAAAGUGAAGAUGUUACCAUUGAUUAAUCUACAGAAAAGGCAUUUAAAAUUGAAAGUUUAUCUUGGACCUGGUACAGAAAGUGAGAUCUCUGCAGCUCACUCAACACAUUUUCUCAUGCCUGUCUUUGAAGAUUGGAAGAUUUGAAGAUACAAAUGAGCACCAAAUUUGGAUUACGUAGAGUUUGAAAUUGUUAUGGAAACUAAAAAAAAUAAGAUGAGGUUCAGGUAAAUAGACACCAGUCUUUCUUGGCCUGGUGACUGAUUUUGUAAAUGAUGACUGGUACCUUUGGAGUAUAAUUUAUAGUGUAUCAUUCAUCAUGAAUAAAGUUGUCUCAGAACUUUUGGAUGCAUUGAAAUUA